AUGCGGACAGCAAUUUACUGCUCUAAAAAGGUUGGUUUGCGAAUGAGGAUUCGAAGCGGAGGCCAUGACUUUGAGGGCAGCUCCUAUGUUUCCAAUGCUACCUUUUUCGUCAUGGACAUGUUCAAUUAUCGUUAUGUUAAAGUUAAUAACAAAGAACGAACAGCAUGGGUUGGAGCUGGUGCAACAAUAGGAGAAACUUACUAUGCCAUUAACAAAACUAAUAGCUCGCUUGCUUUCGCAGCUGGCUAUUGGCCUACUAUUGGAGUUGGGGGUCACGUUAGCGGAGGAGGCUAUGGUCCUCUGAUAAGGAAACAUGGUCUAGCUGCUGAUAAUGUCAUUGAUGCUCGUAUUGUCGAUGCAAAAGGAAGAGUUCUCACUCGAGCAUCGAUGGGAGAGGAUGUGUUUUGGGCAAUCAGAGGGGGAACAGGUGCUAGUUUCUGUGUCAUUCUCGCAUAUAAAGUAAAAUUGGUUGCCAUUACCCCGAGAGUUACAGCAUUUCGGCUUUACAAAACCCUGGAAACAAAUGCAACAAACCUUGUUCACAAGUGGCAAUUUGUUGCCCCUAAGUUGCCAAGGGACCUACUUCUUUCACUCCAAAUAACUAGUAUCAAUUCAAAUCAAACUGGCAGAAAAACGAUACAAGCUUCAUUUGUUGCUGUUUUCCAGGGAGGAGUUGAUCAACUACUCUCGAUAAUGCAAAAUCAAUUUCCAGAAUUGGGAUUGACUAGGCGAGAUUGCAUUCGACUGAAUUGGCUCGAUAAUUAG